AUGGCAUUUGUUGAGAAAGCUCUAGUUUUGUUGAUGAUGAUAAUGGUAGCUGCUCAGGUUUCAAAUGCAGCUGAUUACAAGGUUGGAGACUCUGCUGGUUGGACAACCAAGGGUGAUAUAAAUUACAAGAAAUGGGCCGCUGAAAAGCAGUUCAAAAUUAAUGACACCAUUAUUUUUGAAUACAAUGCUCAGUUCCACAAUGUGAUGAGAGUGAAGAACCACGCUGUGUACAUGAAAUGUGAUGCAUCAGCCCCUUUGGAAACCUACACCACUGGAAAUGACACCAUAAAGUUAACACAUUAUGGUCACCACUUCUUCAUGUGUGGUAUUCCUGGCCAUUGCCAACUAGGACAGAGAGUUGAUAUCAAUGUGCCCAAUCCAGCAAAAUCUCCAUCACCACCAACAACAUCUCCAUCAGCACCAACAAAAUCUCCAUCACCACCAACAACAUCUCCAUCAGCACCGACACCACCAACAAAAUCUCCAUCAGCACCAACAACAUCUCCAACAGCACCGGCACCAGCAAAAUCUCCAUCAGCAUCCGACUCUCCAGCCCCAGUUUCUAAUACACCGUCACCUUCUCCUAGUCGUAGCAAUGCAUCACCAUUGAAUGUUGGAAAGGGAGCUUAUGGUUUUGUUGGUUUGGCCAUCACAGUUUUUGCCAUUUUCUAUAUCUAA